AUGAACCACCCGCCCCCCCCCCCUGCAUUUUCUUGGCCAGAAUCCCUUCUCUGUUUUAACAGACAAAUCUAGUCGCAGAAAGAGCACAAGGCAGACAUUGCCUUAAAAAGUGGAUAUUCAUUUUCUUCUUCUGCAUUGUGGACACCCGUGCGGGAAUCAUGUUCCAGCUGACAGCAGGACGUUUGUGCAGUCUCUUGACAAAGCGCACGGUGAUGGCGGCAACAAGCACUAGUGUAAGGAUGGCAAGUCACGGACACGAGGUGACCGAGCCGACAGAUAUGUCCAUGCCAAUGUAUUGGGACCGCUUGGACACCCCAUUGCCAGACAGACCAUACCAGGACACUCUCACUGCAUCAGAUAAGAGCCUGAAACAGAAAGAAAAGGGUCCCUGGAAUCAGCUGUCCACUGAGGAGAAGCUUGCUUUGUACAGGCUGUCUUUCGGGAAGACGUAUGCUGAGAUGAAGAGGCCCUCCGGUGAGUGGAAGAGCGUAAUCGGUGGCAUCUUCGUCUUCUUCGGCCUCACAGGCCUCAUUAUCAUCUGGCAGAAACAUUACGUGUUUCCAGCAGAGCCGCACACCUUCCAUGUGGAUUGGCAGGCAAAGCAGGCCCAGAGGAUGCUGGACAUGCGCAUGAACCCGGUGGAGGGUUUCUCCUCCCAGUGGGACUACGAGAAGAAGCAGUGGAAGUAGAGCAGGCCCAGAGGCCUUCAGAGCUUCUCCGUGUUUUAACCCCCACCAUAACAUCCUAAAUGUUACUUCAGUAAACCACUCUUCACCACU